GAGAAGAAGUAUUACUUAUUUGGGAGAAACCCUGAUUUGUGUGACUUUACCAUUGACCACCAGUCUUGCUCUCGGGUCCACGCUGCCUUGGUCUACCACAAGCACCUGAAGAGAGUUUUCCUAAUAGAUCUCAACAGUAGUAAGUAACUCACAUCCCAUCCUAUUUCACACAUUCCCUUUUGGGCAAUGUGAAAAUGCUCUUUGGGUUCUUCAGUUUUGAAAUCAUGUUUUAUUGUGCAUCAAGGAAGUUUAUGUUUGGUUUUUAAAUCAGUCUUUCUCCAUUCCUGUGGUAUUUCCUAUUCUACUAAAAUAAUUGAUGACUGGAGAGAGAAGAGGGUUUUGAGGAGCACUUUCCUGGAGAGAGCAAUAGGUAUACACAGAGAACCAAAAAAAAGCUCCCAGGAACUAGGGAAUGUGUUUAUAGGUGAUAGAUUGUGGUCCAAUUUAAGCAGAAGCUGUGAUUAGCUCCAUUAAUGUAGUAGAGUUGUUGUACAGGACAUUAAAAAAAACUUGUUUUGAGCAAAAGUUAAUUUUUUAUAAUGGGUUCUUUAUCCUAGCUACAUUUUGCUUUGACUACUACUAAAUGUCAAUUUUAAUUCUAUGAACACACUCCAACUAAUAAGAUUUUAAAGUUUGUCAAAGAUAAUCCCAGAAAUGCAAUUGAGACUUGACUGCAUGGGGCCUUGAAGUUUGUUCAUUUUUGUCUAUAUGUAAUUACAGCGUGAAAUGUAAAGGAUCUGCCUCCUGGGUUGAUCGUGUUUUACUCCUUUCCCCCAUCCCCGUACACAUGCACACAUCACCCGAAUAUGCUUAUAUGAUGGUUUUGGAGAGCCUGAUCUCAUAAGUACUUACUUGCAAAUUUAUCUCAUCUUUUCUCUCCAUUUCGUAAUAUGCAGAAUGCAGACAUGGAAAUAUAUCCAGACUUUCCAGUAGGAUUUUGGCUUGCCUUGCCAUUGAUAUUGCACCUGUUUCAGCCAACUUCAUUUCUUAUCCUGGGGAAACCCCAAGCAUAACUGCCACCAGUCCAGCAAUUCCUAUGUUCCUUAUACUUGGGGCUGGAGAGGUCAGUCCAUAGCAAUUCCUGUCUCCUGCCUUGUGGGGCAUGGCUGUUCCUGGGUUGGAGCCAUACCUGCUGGACCCAGAAUGGAGCCAAGCCUGUCUGGCAGCAGAGAGCAAGCAGUGGUAUUUGUUAUGUGGGGUAACAGCAGGUCUGAAGAUGUGUAAGAAAUCCAUUGAAGAGAUUCAAGAUUCAGUGAAGGAGUUUCCUUUUCAUUGUGACCCAUGGCAAGGGAUGCAAAGUGGACCCAGCGUCAUUUCCAUUUUAAAAAAACAAAACUGAUACGCUGGCAGGAGCUACUCUCCUACAACUCAGCACACGGCACUUUCUUGGGUCACAUUCGGUUGGAGCCUCACAAGCCUCAACAAAUUCCCAUCGAUUCCACGGUCUCAUUUGGUGCAUCCACAAGGGCAUAUACUCUGCGUGAGAAGCCUCAGACAUUGCCAUCGGCUGUGAAAGGAGAUGAGAAGAUGGGUGGAGAGGAUGAUGAACUCAAGGGCUUACUGGGGCUUCCAGAGGAGGAAACAGAGCUUGAUAACCUGACAGAGUUCAACACUGCCCACAACAAGCGGAUUUCCACUCUCACCAUUGAGGAGGGGAAUCUGGACAUUCAGAGACCAAAGAGGAAGAGGAAGAACUCACGGGUGACAUUCAGUGAAGAUGAUGAGAUCAUCAACCCAGAGGAUGUGGAUCCCUCAGUUGGUCGCUUCCGGAACAUGGUGCAGACUGCAGUGGUCCCUGUCAAGAAGAAGCGGGUGGAGGGCCCUGGCUCCCUGGGCCUGGAGGAAUCAGGGAGCAGGCGCAUGCAGAACUUUGCAUUCAGUGGAGGACUCUAUGGGGGCCUGCCCCCCACGCACAGUGAAGCCGGCUCCCAGCCGCAUGGCAUCCAUGGGACAGCACUCAUCGGUGGCUUGCCCAUGCCGUACCCAAACCUUGCUCCUGAUGUGGACUUGACUCCCGUCGUGCCGUCAGCAGUGAACAUGAACCCUGCACCAAACCCUGCUGUCUAUAACCCCGAAGCUGUCAAUGAACCCAAGAAGAAGAAAUAUGCAAAAGAGGCUUGGCCGGGCAAGAAGCCCACACCUUCCUUACUAAUUUGAUAUUUUUGGUCAUGGAGGAGGGUGGGAUUGGGUGGGAACAGGGUGGAGGGGUGAUGGGGGAGCUAAUGAACUAGGGAGAAAAACUUUCCAUGUGUGCAGUAUCGUCUUUCAGAAUGUCUCCUGGGGUCCUAACCAUGUAAUAUUAAAACUGGGGGUGGGGUUGAAAUAUCCCAGAAAGACCUGUCUUCAGAACACUUUCAUUGCAGAGAAAAUGUUUCAUACAUCCUUUUAAAUAGACCGCUCUGGCUCUUUCCCAGGCUUUCCAUUAUCUCCUUUUUUCUUUUCUUCCUCUUUCUAGGGUCUUUUUUUUUUUAAAGUCACAUGCCCCAGGGAGAGACUCCAGGCCCUCAGGUUGAGUCCAGAGCUGUGGAGGUGACAGUAGCAUCACCAGCCUUGUGGGUCCAGCAGCCUAGUUUAUAUUUACUAUCCUUGCAAGUCCCAGGUAGCAGAAGGGUUGCCACGGAUUCCAGGUUCAUUAACAAGAGAGUUUAGAAUUCUUCAGGUAAGCUAAGGUUUAAAACCAACUCAGAAGUGUUUUCCUGGGUCAGUGGUUUUGUGGUCCAGUAGUUAGGCUUUUCUCUUUUGUCCUUUCUGUUAGAAUGAUUUUGACUUUUCUUCAUCUGUGACCAGUGCCAUAGACACAGGUUGAUAGUUUUAAACUUACAGUAUUGUUUGAACUUUACCUGUUUUUCUUGUCAAAGCUGAGUACUCUACUUUGCUGAAGUUUCUCAUUUGAUUCCAGAGUACUGUCCUCUGCUCUCUUAAGGCAUUACUUUCCUUUUCGAGUGUGUUAUGAAGGCGAUUUUUAAAGGAUAUGACCAGUUAGAGCAAUUCCAAUUAAAAAGGAAACGAUUUUACUUUGAAGUAAUGGAUGUCUCUAAGAGGACAUUUUUAGAUGUUGGUUCGGAGGCCCUUCCCCACCCCCAAAUCACAGUUAGCUCUCGUCCAGAGUUCCAAGACUAGACCUGGCUAACAAACAUAGGAGAUGAAGGUAGGACACGUUGAUAUGAGCUUUGUACAGAGAUUUGUACAUUUGUGUAAUAGGCCUUUUCACGCUUUAUGUGUAGCUUUUUACCUGUAACCUUUAUUACAUUGUAAAUUAAACGUAACUUUUGUCA